AUGAGUGUGUAACCUGCAUAUUCUGCGAUUUUAAGAAAGGCUGCGAGAAUUGACAACAAGAAUAUCGAUUUUAAUAAUCAAGAAACUUCGGAUUAAUAGGUUGAUGAUCUUGAGCAGGAUAGGAUGUAAUUAUGUCUAAAAGAUAAAAAACAUAAUGGAUCUUUAGAGAGCAUGAGUCUGAUUGAAUAGCAAGCAGAAAAUAAAAAUGAGAACAAGCUAACUAGAAACUAUUAUAAAUAAAAUAACUAAUCAUCUUCUUAGGAACAAUAAGAACCGCCAAAAAUAAAGGGAAAAGUAUUUUGCAAGAAUGAUUUGAAAAUAGAAAUUUAAGUGAGAGCUAAGGCUAUUGAAAGUAUGGUGUAAAUACUGUAAAAACUUACAGAUUUUGAUUCAAGAGUUCUAAUGACUGCCAUUUAGAUCUUUGACAAAUUUGCGAAUACAAAAAAAUUUAGAGAACUUUAAAGGUCAGACCCAAAUAAUUUAAUCACCUUGAUGUCAAUUUGUUCCCUCUAGUUGAGUUCAUAAUACAUAGAAGAUGAACCAAUAACACCUAAAGCUAUCGUUGAUUCAGAAUUCAACCAUGAUAAUUUCAAAGUAGAAGAUAUUUUGGAAUUAAAUGAGAUAAUCUAUAAUCAAGAAUUCUUUACUUUUGAAGUUUUAGAAUUACACGAACAAUGUGACUAGAUACUGUCUAUUUUAAAAAACUAGGCAUGUAAUUAAGUACAAGUCAGAAAAUCGACAGAAAAAACCUAUUUUGAUUAGUAAUCCUAGUAUGUCAGCUAGCUCUGUGUAGUCUGUCAUAUCUAUAAGUUUAAAUUCAAAGAGUACUUAAUGUAUGACUUGGAAAGAGCCAUUAUUUUGUUAAGUCUUCUGUAUUUAGAAAAGAAUUAUCAUAAAUUACAAGUUAAAGGUUAAAGCUCUUGCAGCAAUGGAUCCUUCUACAAUCAACUUAAAGCAAACUUUCAGUAAUUAGGAGGAGAUAAAGCAAAUGCUGAUGAUUCAGCUGAAAUAUCACAAUUGAUUAAAAUACAAUCAAAUAUAUUCAGCCAAUUCUACAUGGCUGAUCAAAAUUAGAAUACAAACAUCAGUCUUAUAAUUCAAGAAUUAGAAAAAAUUUAAAAUCCCCAGUGA